GUUUAACUUGUGCUACUACGAGAGAAAAUAAAGAAAGAGGGAGAGAGAAAAAAGAGAGAAAAUAAGAAGAGUCUCAUAAAAUUGAAAUGUCUUGGUUUCGUUCAAAUACUCUAUAUGUUUCUGCUUCACUUUUCUGCUUGCCUAUGAUAGCAGUAUGUGCAGUAGUAUUUUUGCCAUUCCUAAUAUUCGCUACUGUUACUUUAUACCUUAUUGCAUGGAUUAUAUAUUAUAUUCAUGCAAGUACAGAAUCCGAGUUUAGCUUGCCUUGUAAUCCAAACCAAGUUUUCAAAAUCAACAUGAUUUUGCUGGAUCAGUUUAUAGGCUGGAUUGGGUAUAUUCCUUUAAUUACCUCUUAUUUGCAUUGGCGUUUCUGGCAAGUUGGUUCAGAACGUUUCAAAGAGAUAGUCAGCUUGGAUAUUCCCUAUCAUGAAUCAUGCAAGUUAGACGUAUAUCAUCCUGCCAAAAAACCAAAUGGACAAAUGGCUCGUAUUAUUAUCUUUAUUUAUGGUGGUAGCUGGGGUUCUGGGUCAAAACUGUUGUAUUCUACACUUGCCAACACAUUACGCGAAUUGGGUUACGUUGUGGUUGUGCCUGAUUAUCGUAAAUAUCCAGAAGUCAAAAUUGAUGCGAUAUAUCAAGAUAUACGUGAAGCAAUCAAAUGGACACAUCAACAUGCUUCUGAAAUCAACGGCGACCCUGAAAUGAUUUUUGUGAUGGGUCAUAGUGCAGGUGCACAAUUGACAGCUCAAGUGGUGCUAUCAGAUAUCAUUGAACAAGUCAAAUACGAUGAAAGCAUUCAGUCAAAAUCGACCCCGCCCCGUGUAAGUGAAAAGCAUGAUCCAGCCAUGAAGAAACUUGAAGAGCGUCAUAUGAUUUUAAGCAAGGAAAGGUCUCACGACUUCUUACCAUUGGUUGAAGGCAUAUUGUUGUUUUCAGGUGUUUAUGAUAUUGCUUCACAUUUAAUACAUGAAACAUCAAGAGGUGUUGAAAAAAUAUCAGCCAUGUCUAGAGUAAUGGGUUCUUCACAAGAAGGCUAUAUUGCCAAUUCACCCAUUCAUUUGAUUGAGAAACAUGCUAGAUUGUUUGCUGAUUCAGAAGACUUGCUUGAUUUAUGGCCGCGUAUUUUGUUACUUCAUGGACAAAAAGAUACCACUGUAGGCAUGGAUCAGUCAGCUAAUAUGUUUAAUACGUUAGGCAAGUUAUUCCCUGUUGAACGCAGACAAGAAGUAGAUGUCAGAAUGCGACUAUAUAAGCGUAUGGGACAUGCAGAACCUGUUAUUGCUUUAAUGUCAAACAUAUUCAGUAAAAAGACAGAACAGACCUUAUUAUUACGAGACAUACAAGAAUUUAUUGAUAUCCCUCAAUAUAUAGAUGAAUAAAUAUAUUAUGAAGCA